AUGGCUGCUCAGGACAAAUAUUGCUUCGAAAGAGAUAAGAAAGAAUCGGAGAGGCUGGAUGCACAGCACCACGUGCUCGUCCGAACCAGCGGGAAUACCCUCAUUCAUCCUUCAAUUCCAGUCGAAGACAUCCGUUCUGUUGCAGAUAUAGCUACUGGGACUGGCAUUUGGCUGCGAGAUCUGAAGAAAUCGCUGGAUACACCUCAAGUCGAUCGCUACUACCAUGGAUUCGAUAUCUCAUCCGAGCAAUUUCCUGAGAACCCAGGAACGAUCCAAUUCAGUGUUCAAGAUCUGACUGUCCCAUUCCCUCAAGAACAUUGGGGACGAUAUGACUUGGUACAUGUUCGUCUUCUAGUCGCUGCUCUUGAGGAACCUGACUACAAAGCUGCGAUCGCAAAUAUCUCCAAAAUAUUGAAGCGCGGAGGUUACCUCCAAUGGGAAGAAAUCGACGCUGAAACCUACCUCACAAAAGGCUAUCCGGUGCUCAGUGAGCUUUAUCGCUGUUUUGACUAUGGACUUACAGCCGAGGGCAAAUGCUUUCGGGCUUCAGCUAAGAUAUAUGAAGAGACUCGGGCAGCUGGAUUCGUGGGUGUAGAGCGACUGUGCUAUGGUUCACACAAGAUUUCUGAUCUGCGCUAUGAUGUCGAGGAGAGACUUACUGCGAUCAUCAGAACACUUUAUGCUUUCCUUUUGCUGAGAUCUAAGCAGGUCGAUACCGCAGAGGUCGCAUCGCAAGAGGCAGAGAAACUUGCUGAAAAGCAUCGGCGUCAGUGCGCGGAGGGAAAUUCCCCGCCCCUGAAGUUAAUGAGGGUUGUGGGUCAAAAGCCUUUGUAUCGGCCAUCGCUGUAGGCGAGGGUAGAGGUUGGUGUGUUGGUCGUUGCUAGUAUCUUGUGAUUAAACCUCUUGCUGGUACUUCUCAUUAUGUGCCUCUCUCUUUCGAUGACCUCGACUUAGAAUGAGCAAAAUAUGGUCUUCGUUUGGGAGGGAGAGUAGAUCUAUGAACUGUAAGUACCAGACAGGAUCGACUCGAUCAGAAUUCAUACAUCAUUAGUAUGAAGUACAGAAAAGCAGAUUAUGCGAGGCAUCAAGUGCAGGAUUAUCAUCGGAUUUGCCUACUUCACCUACUUAACAUCCCUGUUUGAUGGCUGCGGUGGAGAGCAGGGCACCGUGGCAGACCUGCUCACAGUUGAGGAGAAAGUAUUAUUACACCUAUAGCGUGCAUAGUUACAUUGCAUAAUUCAAUUGACUAAUGCUGAAGGAAUGCAAAAGG